AUACACAAUUCCACGACAAAUUGUUACGUAAAAAUAAAUAACGAAUGUCGGGUAUAUCCAAAAAGACUUGAUACGCGAAACAUUUUAUUAUUAGGUCAAAUACACAUGCAAAGUUAUUUAAAAAUCGCUUACUCCACAAAGUUACAGACCGAACACGAGGAAUCCGGGCGAACUUGUACGCACAAAUAUUUUUCUUGUCUUUUGGCAAAGCACGUCCAUCAAAAGUGCGCGCCAAUGUUAACAUAAAUCUAGAAUUCCAUUUAAUAAUUAACCAAAGGUUAAUACAUGUACCAACCGGUUCCAAUUACAACCAUUUACAUUUAGGUUUUAUUUAAUGAUUAGUAAGAUAUCGCAUUAAGGACGUAUUUGUUACGCCGUUCAAUUUAACUUCCGGGCCGAACGUGUCCCAUCUUCCGAGAAUUCCGAGUAUUUUCAACGUGCCUAGAAUACUUUGAAUGUAAUUGUAACAUUUGUUUUCACAUAAGUUGGAGCAUAAAAAUGAAGCUGUUCGUGAUACUGUCGUCGUAGCUUAUUAUGUUCAAAGUGUUACAAGUUGAGAUUUUCAUACCCGAUAUAUAGUAUCGCAAAGAGACAAUUGUCAAUAUGAGGUUAUCAAUAGCAGGACACCGAGGUUAUUUAUCACGAAAAGUUCAUUGUAUUUUCAAACAACAAUAAAUUCAAAAGAAAAUGUAUUUGUCAUAAAAAUAGUUAGGCGCAACACCUUGCAUGGCUCCGAACCAUUACAUUAGCUAAACAUUGCAGUCUUCGCCAAUCUUCGUAAAUUUAAAUAUAAAAAUAAAUUACCUACGAAAAAAUCAAUUGCGUUUCUAUUCAUUGUUGAAAAAGUAAACUUGUUCGCGACGUUAUAUAAGUUUAAGAGCGAGUUUCAUUUUGGCGGGAAAUUUGCAACAUGAAGUCCACGUGCUCUUUUAUGUCGUUUCAUGUAUAUGCCAAUGACGGUAUACCGUGUUGGAUGCACACAAGGAUGGAUACGUAUACUUGUUUUCCCUUUUGUUUCUCAUAUGAUAAUGGUUAAAACUUAAAUAGCAGUCAUAAUUCAGGGAGUGAAAACUUUUAUUUCGAUAUAAAGGAGACAUUUGUUUGUACAUUUUGUACACUUCGUCAUAUAGAGCUACGUAAGUUUUAAUUAAAACUGUAGAAAACAAUUCUUUAAACCUUUUAAUCUGAACACAGUCUUUUCUAUAUUUCUGUUUAUAUUUAAUUCAUAUUAAGAACGAUAUCAUGGAAAUGUUUAUUUGCUAAAUCAAACAGAAAUAAACAAUUAUUUCAUUUUCAGUGUAUACACGAAAUCAGCACCUUCCGAUGCCAGUGACCCACAAGGAUGGUCGACAACAGACUCGCUUUCCAGGCCCCCUCCUGAUACAGACUCGCGUGGCACUCCUUCGUUCCCUGCAGACUCCCGUCAUGGGACCCGGCCGACCGUAGAAUCGCGCGACACUCAUCUGCCGGCUGCAGACUCGCAACAAAUUCCAUCGACCGCCGCAGGCACGUGUCAUACGCCCUGGCCCGCCGUAGACUCGCACUACACUACUUCGCCCGCCGGAGACACGCACCUCAUGUCCCUGCCGCCUUCAGACUCGCACCUUACUCCUUCGACCGCCGCAGGCACGUGUCAUCCGCCCCGGCCCACCUUAGACUCGUGCUUCACCACUUCGCCCGCCGAAGACACGCAUGAAACGCCCCUGCCGGCUGUAGCCCCGCACCACUCGCACUUGUCGACCACAGACCCGCACCAGAAACCCCCUCCGGCAGUAGACUCUCACCACACGCAGAUCUGUGCCACACACCCAUGUCGACCAAUGACUCUCAUCAAACUCAGUUAAGCAACCCACAAUUGCCGACCAAACAGACAGCAAAUGCAACUUCGAGCAAAAAGGCCAAACACAAAAUUGGAUUUGAUCCAAAGUGGACAGAUGGUAGACCAUGGCUAUACUGCGCAACGGAAGAGACUGAUACUGGCGUUCUUGAUGUAAUGUUUUGCAGACUAUGCCAAAAACACAAAGUGAAAGGGAGAAAUGGCAAUGGAACUUGGAACACCAAUGGGUGCACAACACUUCGGCUCGACAAGAUUGUUAGUCAUCAGAACUCGGAGAUGCAUAGGUCUGCAUUACGAGUUGAAACGGAGGUCCAGCUAAACAUUAGUGACGCCUUCCAGCAGAAGAAGAUGCCAAUGGGCGAAAAUGAGUUCAAAGCACUGACAUGUGCAACAAAGAUUUUGCAUUUUCUUAUAAGCCACAACCUUCCCUACACCACUUUGUUUAAAGACUUUGUCAAUUUUGCUACAAAUGAACUACAAUGCCCAGACCUGCAACACCUAAAACAAGGAAAAAACGCGACAUACACAAGUCCCACAAUAGCAGAUGAAUUCAUGGACUCUAUGGCUACCGACAUCGAGGAGACAGUGAAGCAACGAGUAAAAGACAGUCCCGGAUAUGCCAUAAUGAGUGAUGAAACAACCGAUGUAUCAAAUAAUAAACAUCUUGCCUUCUGUGUAAAGUACAUCAACACUGAAAAUGGAGACGCCUGUAUAGAUUACUUAAAAGAUGUGAAAAUUACCGACGGAAAGGCUGAAACCAUCUUUAAAGAGACUGAGAAAGUGGUAGAAGAGCUUGGAUUAAGCAAUUUUGUCGGGUAUGCCUCAGACGGAUGCCAGACCAUGAUCGGCAAGAAGACAGGGGUUGCAACAAGGUUGAAAGCAAUUAAACCCGGCCUCGUAACUGUCCAUUGCCAUAACCAUCGAUUGGCACUGGCCGCCAAGGACAGCUUUGAAUCGAUCCCGCUCAUGAGAGAUACAGACGAUCUCCUGAACCAUGUCUUCAAGUAUUACCACUACUCUGCAAAUAAAACUGCCUCCCUACAGAAGAUACAGACUAUGUUAGAGGAGAAAGGGAAAACCAUAAAACAGGCAGGCCAUACUCGCUGGCUUUCCCACAAAGCAGCCGUCACCUCUCUACGAGACUGCUACAAGGCUGUUCUCAUCGACCUCGAAAAUGCGGAGGCAUCCGGUGCCGAUAAAGUCAGAAUGGGGAGUGGUCCAAGUGCAAGUGGGCUGCUUAAGAAGCUUAAAAAUCCGGCCACUGCAAAGAUUGUUCACUUUCUGUGUGAUGCUUUAAGACCACUUACAGCACUGACACUGGUCUUUGAAAGGAAUGACAUUAACCUUUCUGUUAUUAAACCAAGGAAAGACUCCACUAUAUCUGGGCUUAAAAAUUUGAAAGAGACAUAUGGAAGCAGUGAGCGAAAAUGUGAUAAGCUCUUGGCAGACCUUGGAUUAGAGGCAACAGAGCAGCAGCUGAAAUCUGUUCAUAAUGCAAGAACCAUAUUUCUGGACAAACUUGUCGACAACAUCAAUGUUCGACUGGCCUCAUCAGAUGUCAUUGAUCAGCUAGCUGUUUUUAACAUGGAUGAAACUGAAACAUUCUACGGCAAUGAUGAGAUAGCCUGCCUUGCCGACAACUUUGGGCUGGACGCUGAUGAGGUCACAGAAGAGUGGGAUGACUUCAAAAAUGCCAUCUCAUCAACAUCGCCUGAAGUCAUCAGAGGGCCACAUAGACUCAUCAAGGCCAUGAUGAAAAUAAGACCACACAAGUUCCCAAACAUAGAAAGACUGUGUGCAACAGCAGUAGUUGUGCCAGUAAGCACUGCAGAAGUAGAACGUGUGUUUUCAGAAUUGGCAAGAACCAAGACAGACCUAAGGAAUCGGUUGCAGGUUGACACAGUACACCAACUCCUGAUGAUAAAUAGGAACGAUAAAUACUUGGCAUUUGACUAAAGUGUACGAAGAUGGUACAAAAUGAAAAACAGACGAAUUUAGAUUUAACCCCAAGACAUGGAAUUUCUUGAAUAGCCUCGUUGAUAAGUUUAGAUUAUUGUGAAUUGGCUAAAAUCAUACACAUGAAUUUUAACACCCAAUAAAAUGCUACUUGAGAGCUACUGGAGUCCAAAUCUUAUUUCAUUUCUAUUAAAUUAUGAGUUGAAGUUGUUGGAGUCAAGCUUGACAAAACUUUCAAAAUUGACAAAAUGAAUUAGUUAGUUAUGUUAAGGAUAUCCAUGCUUAAACCAUACUUAAGAAACAACACUUGAGGCAUUCUAAGAGAUUUGAGUAUCAAAUGUUCAAUUGACUGAUUUUGUUUAUUUUUUUAUCUGCCUAGCCAUAUAUAGAUGGCAUAUGCAAUACUGCAUUCAUGCUAGUGCCAUUUUAAGUCCCUGAAUGCUGAAAUAAGUUUUAAAUGAUGCCAUGUUUUACUCAAGUUUGGUCUUUUUUUAUUUAUGAAAUAAGUUAUCAUUUAUCUCUGCAUUUCCUCUGUAUUUGCACUGUGCUAUUGUCCUGAAAAGAUAUAAAAACAAAUGGUUGAAGAGCUUAAUCAAUUUUUUUUAAACUUAUAUGAACUGAAAUGCUAGUUUUUAGAUUAUGACUUUGACAAUUUUUAGUUUUUAUCAAAAAGAGAUGUUUUGCUCUGUUGUUUUAAUGUAUAUAAUUGAGUGGUGGUUUAAUUAAAUAUUUAUCUUUAAAAUAUUGCAAUAUGCAUGCCAUAACUUAUCAAAUGUAGGCACACAAUUGUAUUCUUGUUAUUUGUAUGAACUUGUCCCCCCUUGGUAAUUGUUGUCUGGUUGCCUCAUUGUAACAGUCUUGUUUGAUCUCAUUGAUUUUUUUUUUAUUAUACUAUUUAUUAUCAUUUAUGAUAAUUUUGUGUGUAUUUCCUGUGACUACUGACUGUCUUCGUGCUUUUACUACAGUCUUUUGGAUAAUAUAAAAAAUACAAUAAAAACUGUUAACUUGCAUCUCCUUGUUGUUGACAUACACAUACUGCUAACUCUUUUAGGCAUAAGGACACACUUAAAGUCACAGUUUGACAACAACCUAAG